UACACUCUCACUCUCAUUCUCACCUAGACUUCUUCUUGCUCUCCGUGCUUGACGCUGUUGUCGGCCCGCCGCCUCUCCCCGUUCAGUGCCGCCGCCGCCUCUCUCCCACUUUGUCCCGCCGCCGCCGCCUCCCUACCAGUAUAGGGAGCCACUAUGUUCUUCCACAUAGUCUUGGAGAGGAACAUGCAGCUGCAUCCACGGCACUUUGGCCGUAAUCUCCGUGACAAUCUGGUGUCCAAACUCAUGAAAGAUGUUGAGGGUACUUGCAGUGGUCGACAUGGUUUCAUAGUAGCAAUUACGGGAAUUGAGAACAUUGGUAAAGGAUUGAUUAGCGACGGGACAGGUUUCGUCACUUUUCCCGUUAAAUACCAAUGCGUCGUGUUUCGACCAUUCAAGGGAGAAAUCUUAGAAGCAAUUGUUACUAUGGUAAACAAGAUGGGUUUCUUUGCUGAAGCUGGACCUGUUCAGAUUUUUGUUUCAAACCAUUUGAUACCAGAUGAUAUGGAGUUCCAGUCUGGAGAUAUGCCAAACUAUACCACUUCAGAUGGAUCAGUUAAGAUUCAGAAGGACAGCGAAGUUCGAUUAAAGAUAAUCGGGACUCGAGUCGAUGCAACUGAAAUAUUUUGUAUUGGAACCAUUAAAGAUGACUUCUUGGGUGUCAUAAAUGACCCUGCGGCAGCUUAGAACAUGUGUUAGUUUACUAAUUUUACUGUAUAGUUUCUGCAUUUCCUUGACUAUUCUCUGUCGAAUUAAACGGAUUCGUUUGCCGGUUACUCGGUGUAGCGAUAUUUGGAAUGAGAAACGUAUUUAUAACGA